AUGGUUUUAGAUUAUCUAAUUUCAAAGCUUCAGCUUGUACUCCAAGAAUACCUGAAUCCACUCAUAGUAAUUUCGUUCUGAUUCUUCAACCCUGUUGUUUCUGUUUACAUUUGCAGCAAGUACUCUGAUGAAUUGGUUCUGUACGGAUGAUGGGCUCUGACAACGAUAUAAUAGUUCAUAUAUGAGCAUAUACAUGUCAGAUGACCAAGCCUGUAACAGAUCAUCCUAACUGUGUCAGAAAGGUAAUCCGCAAGACCGUUCGUAAAAACAUCUGGAAAUUAAUUCUAUGCAGACAUCUCUACAAGAAGAACAUUCAAAAUAUCUGUGUGUUAUGGUUUAGCUUCUUUGCCUGAAUUCUAUGAUAUACUCUCUUCACUGGAAUGUAUUUACUUGGGAAAGUAAAUAGAGACCACAACGAAGACAAAGGAGCAAUAGUUCUUCUCACAAUUCUGGUCAUUAGCAGCACCUACAUUUGAGUGGUAUGCAUGGCUCUUGAGGUGGUCAUUAUGCUUAUAAUAAUGAUUUUCAUGACUAUUUCCAUUUUCUUCUGAUUCCUGUGUGUCUUCUUCUGUCCGCGAUGCCUAGCAUGGCGACCAAACAGAGACAAUGACCGAAUUGAUAGGCAUUAUUUCUUAGGAAUCAUCAACGGGAACGGAAGUUGGGAGCACGUUCUCCAGUACAUCUAUAAAUACAAAAGAAGACAUUUUAAGAAAGAUCGCUACAAAUGGUUCUUUGAAGGGGAAAAAAUCGCUGAGGAAAGCAAAGGAGACAAAUCUGACUUAAACCUAGAUCACUCUAAGAAACUCAACCCGCCAAAAGAAGAAAGCUCUGAGAUUGAUGAAAGGUCCAAAAAUCCAGAUUCUCCAAAUAUCAAAUCUGAGAAGAAAGCAAAUCUAGUGAAUAAAAGUCUACUUCAAAAGAAAGGGAAAAAAUCGAAGAAAAUAAAGAAUGAAAGCCCUGAGGACUCCUCAAUUCUAUGCACAAUCUGUCAGCUUGAUUUUGAAGAAGGAGAACUGACAUGAGAACUAGAUUGUGGCAAAGUCCAUAUUUUUCACGGUGAUUGCUUAAAAGAGUGGUUCAAAGUUAAAAUGACUUGCCCAACAUGUAGAAAGGAUCUAAAUAAUCUCUACAAACCUGCGAUUGAGAAAUUCAAUGGUGGGCCAGACCUUGAUGCUAACCAAAUCAGAGACCUUUACGCUGAAGAUAUCUUGGAAAUGCAAAAUAAAAUGGUAGUGGUCAUUAACGAUCUCGAAGAAGUAGAUGACGAAAACUUUGACAGCUUUGAAUUCGUCUCAAAUCCUGAAAUCCAGUUAGAAGAGAACAAGGAAAAUCAAGAUGGAAAAUCUGCAAAUGAAGAAUCGAAACUUGCUGCUCAAAUUUCUGAUGCAGAUUAUGGAAGGAACAGACCGAGCAUGCUGGUCAGUAGGAACUUAAUGAACUCGAACAACUUGAGGAAUAUUGAUAACCCAGGCGAGGCCAGGAUGAACCAAUCUAUUUAUCAGAUAGAAUCCUCAGACAGAAGAGUUGGAAGAGAUCUACACUUACAUAUCAACCAACCAAGCACAAACCCUCCACCAGCUCUCCAAACCCCUGAACAAAGCAUCUCAGUCGCCGAAGCCAAUGUCUAAUCCCCACCCCAGCAUAUUUAUACUCAUUUCUAUCCUAAAAACGCCUCCAAUU